CCAGGGCCCGGGGGCGCGCGCGGUGGUGCUCGCGCCCGUCCCGAGAGCGGUGUGCGGUCCAGAGCCGCGCACUGCCCUGCGCAGGUGCGCCCGCAGCGUCCGCCCAGCAGGAGCCCCGCGGCGGCGGCGGCGGAGGCCUCUUGCUGCGCCCCCGCCUCCUUCCCCUCCGCCGCCUCCGCCGCCUUCGCCGCUGCCUCCGCACCGCGCUCCGCCCGGAUGGACAGGGCUGUGCGGGAGAAUGGCGGAGCGAGAGAGCGGCGGCCUGGGCGGGGGGGCCGCGUCCCCGCCUGCCGCCUCCCCGUUCCUGGGGCUGCACAUAGCGUCGCCGCCCAAUUUCAGGCUUACCCAUGACAUCAGUCUGGAGGAGUUUGAGGAUGAAGACCUCUCAGAGAUCACCGAUGAGUGUGGCAUCAGCCUGCAAUGCAAAGACACCCUGUCCUUACGGGUAAGGUUGGGCUCCCAGGAGCCCCUGAGUGGGGUGGCAGGAUGGGGAGGGACAGGAUUAAGGGCGUCCCCAAAUCUACAAAGGUGCUUUCAGGGUCUAACCGCACCCUCAUUAAAUGAACUAACAUGCAGGAAGCAUUCAGUACAAUGCUUGGCCUAUCUUGGUGCUCAGUCAGAAUUUUUUUUCUUUUUUGCUAGGAUUCCAGGGGAGCAGACACCUCCACAUGAGCACAUCUGCCUGAGCGAUGAGCUGCCACCCCAGAGCAGCCCCGCCCCCACCAAGGACCGAGGCACCUCCACCGACAGCCCUUGCCGCCGCAGUGCUGCCACCCAGAUGGCACCUCCCAAUGGCCCUCCUGCUGCCCCACCUGGUGGCCGGGGUCACUCGCAUCGAGACCGCAUCCACUACCAGGCAGAUGUGCGACUAGAGGCCACCGAGGAGAUAUACCUGACACCAGUGCAGAGGCCCCCAGACCCUGUAGAGCCCACCUCUGCCUUUUUACCGCCAGCUGAGAGCCGGAUGUCAGUCAGCUCCGAUCCAGACCCUGCCGCCUACCCCUCAACUGCAGGGCGGCCACACCCCUCCAUCAGUGAGGAGGACGAGGGCUUCGACUGCUUGUCAUCCCCAGAGCGGGUUGAGCCACCAGGUGGAGGGUGGCGGGGCAGCCUGGGGGAGCCGCCGCCGCCCCCACGGGCCUCGCUGAGCUCGGACACGAGUGCUCUGUCCUACGACUCGGUCAAGUACACGCUGGUGGUGGAUGAGCACGCGCAGCUGGAGCUGGUGAGCCUGCAGCCGUGUUUCGGAGAUUACAGCGACGAGAGUGACUCGGCUACUGUCUAUGACAACUGCGCCUCUGCCUCCUCACCCUAUGAGUCGGCCAUUGGGGAGGAAUAUGAGGAGGCCCCCCGGCCGCGGCCCUCCACCUGCCUCUCCGAGGAUUCCACACCCGACGAACCCGACGUCCACUUCUCCAAGAAGUUCCUGAAUGUCUUCAUGAGUGGCCACUCUCGAUCCUCCAGUGCAGAAUCCUUCGGGCUCUUCUCCUGUGUCAUCAACGGGGAGGAGCAGGAGCAGACCCACCGGGCCAUAUUCAGGCGUGGGGCCUCCUGGGAAGGAGAGAGCUGCAGCAGGACCCUGCUGCUCCGGCAGGAAAAGGAGGCUUCCAGACUGGCCUGGGGCUAG